AGCACGAAGAAGAAAAGCUCUGCCAUGUUGAAAUGCUGAAGGAAAGAGGCGGAAACGUCGAUGUGUUAUUAACGCGUCCCGUUUACAUUCGCUGCGGUCGAGACUGAAAGGAAGAAAGAAGGAAGGGAAGGAAGGAAAGGAAGAAAGGAAGAAAGGAAGAAAGGAGUUGGUCGCCGCUGCCCCGAGAGGAGCGCAGAAGAGUAGAAGAUGAGCAGCAAGAGUAACAAGAGGGCGCCGACCACAGCAACGCAGCGGCUGAAACAGGACUACCUGAGAAUAAAAAAAGACCCGGUGCCUUAUAUCUGCGCGGAGCCUCUUGCUUCGAACAUUUUGGAAUGGCACUACGUCGUACGAGGGCCUGAGAAAACGCCUUAUGAAGGUGGUUAUUUUCAUGGGAAACUCAUGUUUCCUCGAGAAUUUCCUUUCAAGCCUCCUAGUAUUUACAUGAUCACUCCAAAUGGAAGAUUUAAAUGCAACACAAGAUUGUGUCUGUCCAUCACCGACUUCCACCCAGACACAUGGAACCCCGCGUGGUCGGUCUCCACCAUCCUGACGGGUCUUCUCAGCUUCAUGGUAGAGAAAGGUCCCACGCUGGGCAGCAUUGAAACUUCAGACUUCACCAAGAGGCAACUGGCAUCUCAGAGCUGGACUUUCAACCUUAAGGAUAAGGUUUUCUGUGACCUGUUUCCAGAUGUUGUAGAUGAGAUCCGACAGAAGCAGAAGUUGCGGGAGGACCUAAACCCCAGAUCGCACGCCCUGCCGCUGCCAGAUGUGGUUCCAGAUGGAGAGACGUACAAUGCUCAGAAUGGUUUCCCCGUCUUCAACGGUCACCCUCCCCUGCCGGAUGGUGCUGGUCACCCCCCUGGCCUACAGCAGGCAAAUCGCAACCAAGGACUCCUAGGAGGAGCUCUUGCAAACUUGUUUGUUAUAGUAGGAUUUGCAGCUUUUGCAUAUACAGUCAAGUACGUGCUGCGGAGCAUAGCCCAAGAAUGAGCAGAGCUGAGCAGCCAAGGACUCGCGCAAAACCUUAGCCACAAAGGGGAUUAAGAGGAACCAUUUGUCCAAGUAUGGACAGAUACGAAACAAGCGAACAGCUGGGACAUCACGAGAAAGGUGCUGAAAGGUGGAUGAAACCUGUGACUCACUAAGUGCUGCAAAAUGCAAAGGAACCCGUUUUUUGGCUCGUGGGUUUUAGUUCGGCUUCCAGGAAGCGAGAAGACAGCAGCUGCUUUCUUCCAUCGGCCAAUAAGAGGCGUCUAGCAAAACUUUCUUUAUCGUGUCAGAAUCCCCACGCUGUUUAUUUCACCUUCUUGUGUGUCAAACCAACUUUUUAUUUAUCACAUCUCUAGCAUCAGUUGUAUGUUGUCUGAAAUUAUUCUGUACAAGAAGAAAAAUGGACUGAGAUUCACACAUCUGUUUAUUUCUGAUGUGUAUACAAUUUGCCAUUUGUUGUUUUGAUAUUGCUCUUGUAAAAAAAAAAAAAAGUAUCAGAAAAUCGCUUUGCUCCGAGCAAAACCGUAACAGUACUUGUGUAAAACCGUAGCCUAAACAUCACAUACUGCUAAUCAGAUGGAAAUAAAUACAUUUUUCUGCGAGUAAACAACGAUCAGAUGGAGUCACUGAUGUGUAGGUAUAAGGAAAAUUUCAAUCUGUGCAAUAUCCUUCAGUAGUCUUAAAUAAAUUGUUUAUUUUGCAUCUUUGCGUUUGUUCAUGUGAGAGGAUGAAGGGCAGUGAUUGUCAGCUGGGGAUUCCUUCUGACGGUGGUGGUUUAGCCGGUGCCUGGUGACGUUCCUUUAUCUCGGACAUGGCAACACGCAUAUCCGUGAUGCAUCCAUAUCCGGAUCAGUUGCUGCAACUGCCCUCGCCUGUACUUCGAUUUGAUUAAGAAUUUGAGAAGGUUUGUCAGCAUGUUUACAUUUAAAUCAGAACAUGUUUUAUAGUCCAAAGGAAUAAAUUGCUUAUGAGGGGGGUGACAAUUUUCUCAGAAUUCCUUAUUUUUUGAUGUAAUGAGGCACUUCAUUGUCUAAAUCGUUUACAUAAAUAUUCUUUUAUGCACAAUGAUUUACAGCAUUUCUAAAAUCAAUCUUUACAAAUUACUUUGAAACAUUCAGUUAUACUUGUAUUUAGUGCAACUGUGAUUUAAUUCUACUAUUAGUGACACAGUGAAUGAAAAAUUCUCAACUUGUAAUUCAAAACAAACCUCUAGAUGGAAAACUUCAAGACCUACUAAUAACUUUUUAAAGGUCUUUGUACUGUUCUCAUUAAUCCAGUCAAGGUGGUACAUCCAGUGAACUUUUAAGUAACUGUGUACAUAAAAUAAAGACAUCUUCAAAAAGACAUAACUCAAAAACGGUUUUCUGUGUAAGGUAAAUCAGAGCUCUUACAGGGUACAUUCAGCUUGUCCUUUUAAGUCUUUUGAUACAUAACACGGUCUAGUUUGCAAACUAAGUGCCACCUUGCAUGUAAUUUUUUGAGAUCAAGUGGUACAACAGAUUGCAAGAUACUAAAAAUCAUGAACCUCUUUUCAAAGUAUUUUUUUAUGUGUGUACAGCCUUUUCCAUGUGAGGAAAAUUCUUCUAGAAUGUAUGAGACAUUUCAGCAUAAACACCUGUAGCCCUCCCAAUUCCAACAUAUGCUUUGAUCCUUUUACAAACUAAUUCUAAUCCCACGUUUGCCAUAAAAUCAAUUGUAAAUUACCUCCUCGCACCAUUCACAACUAUGCUUGAUCGGUCGAACGAUGGUGCACCAUCUCAAUAUUUUAUUAAUUGCAGAGCAGUUGUUGGACGACUCGGCGGAGUUUCCUUGCUUUCCUGUUGCUAAGAUAUUGUCAUGGAAACCUCAUACAGUAUUGAUGGUUCCUCUAACCUCUAUAGUUAGAUGUGCCACAGACAAGGGUAAUUGCCCACUGCUUCGUAACACACACCUUU